AUGACUGUCCAUGUAGAGACUACCCAGGUUGUGAUCUGCGGAUGCGGUCCCACCGGAGCAAUGCUCUCAAGCUUUCUCGGGAAAUACAACAUUCCCAAUAUUAUUUUAGAGAAGGAAAGCGACAUCACGACCGAUCCGCGUGGUAUUGCCCUUGAUGACGACGGUAUUCGCCUGCUGCAAGCCCUUGGACUUUACGAUGCAGUAUUUACUGACAUUGGAUCUUACGUUCCUGGGGCGCGCUUCAUCAGUGGUGUCCAUACAGACCUACAUCGAAAGCCAUUUCUCUACUUCAACACAGGCUCCACGGCCGGAAAUACAGCCCAUGUCGGGGCUAUUUGCCACAAGCAACCUAUCCUCGAAAAACACCUACGAUCCGUCAUCUCAUCUUUGAGUUGCUCGACUUUGAGAAGCAAUUGUACCUUGUCAUCUAUAUCAGAAGACGAAGACUGGGUUUAUGCGACAUAUAAAGAUGGGACGGGAGUCGAAAAGCAGAUCCGAGCAAAGUUCUUAGUUGGGGCGGAUGGAAAGACUGGCUAUACAAGGAAAAAGUACCUUGAGCCCAAGGGAGUCUUCAUGCAGUGGGCAGAGCAAACAAAGUAUCAAGAGUCAUGGGUCGCUUUGAACUGGAAAAUCAACCCCCCAACAAAGGAAACGCAUCCCAACUUUCCUCUGUGGGAAAAGGGUUACACCUCACAGGAAGUCUAUGAAGCAUUCUUCCCCAGGCCAUUCUCGUUUCUCUGUAACCCCGACCGACCUGCUGUGUGUGGGAGAUUUGGCCUACAAUCUGAUCGUCUAUGGCGUUUUGAGUUUGUUGUUCAGCCUGGAGAAGACGAGGAUGAGAUGGCUAAGCCUGGCAUGAUUCGCAAGGUUGUGUUUCCAUAUCUGACACAUCCCGGAAGCCGUUAUGGGCUUUCGAAAGACAUCGAGUUUCCUGAGGAUUGCAUAGAGGUCUUGAGAUGUCGACCAUUCCGCUUCUAUGCGAGGAGUUGCAACAAAUGGGCUCUUGGACGAGUCAUACUCGCCGGAGAUGCGGCUCAUGUAUUUCCGCCAUUUGGCGGCCAGGGAAUCGCAUCAGGCUUCAGAGACGCUGUAUCGUUGAGCUGGCGUCUCGCUCUUAUAUACAAGUCAAAUUCUCAUAUCGAUCAUGAAAAGCUGUUAGAAGGGUGGUUCCUUGAAAGAAAGCAACAACUCGAAAUGUCCCUCGCAUCCACUGUCCGAAAUGGGGACAUGGUCAACAGCAAGAACCCCUUGAUGAUCUUUCUUCGAGACUGGGGCUUUUGGUUGGCUCAGCUGAUACCCAGAGUGAGACAACAGCUUGAGCUUGGCCCGAGAGCUCCUGGCCCUGUCAGGUAUCAACACUCGGAUGGUAUGGGAUUCAUUCCCCAGCUGGGCGGAGGAGUCUCAUUCUCUCAGUCCUUCUGCAUCAGACUUGGGGUCCCCAAAGCACAAGUAAAGUUCACCGACGACAUUAUCUUUGCUCCGCAGAAGAAGAGUCUGUUUCAGAUUGUUGUUUUGCUUAACGAGCCUGACGAGGUUGAUAAUGCACAAGCCCAGCUUAGUGGGUUAUCGUCGAUUUGCUCGCACUUAUCACCAGAAGAGGCAACCUAUUUUGUUCCGCGAAACCUCCCAGGUUUGAACACGGCGGUAACGAAAGAACUGGAGAAAAGUGGUCGAAUAUUCCGAAUAGCAUCUGCCGCUGAGUUUUCUAAUUCUGAUCUUAGUGCUGGAAGGCCGGAACCAGAAGGAUAUAGAGAGAAGGAUAUGUGGAAUGUGGUGAAGCACAAGACUUUUGUCAUUCUGAGGGCUGACAGGUUUGUAUUUGCAGCCUGCAAUAAGAGGACAGAGCUUGAGAUGGUGGCGAGAAAAAUGGCGGAGCUUUUCCAUUCUGGCUAA